AUUGUAUAUUAUUCUGAAAGCUAUUUAUAGAAAAGAAAAUAUUUACCUCAUGCAUGGAGCCUAAUUUUCUUCUUAAGGUUGAUUAUCAGUUGAUUGUUAUUGACCAUUCUUAUAUAUACUCCUUUGACUUCAGAACAAUUAACACUGAGAUGACUGUUGUCUUUAGACAAGAAGAUCUGGUCGAAGAGUUGCUAAUUGACAUUAAAGAAAGCGUGGAGUUCGAGUCUGAUCCUGCUCAGUGCUGUAUUUACGGGGUGCCUAAAAUGAUUCGUGGAGUAAAUGAUGAAGUCUACACUCCUCAGUUAAUUUCAAUUGGUCCUCUUCACCAUGGCAAAAAAGAAUUAGUUGACAUGGAAAAGAAGAAAAAAAAGUACGUGAAAAGAUUUCUUGAACAAAUAACAACAGAGAAACGAGAUCGGAUUUUGAGCCACAUCAAGGACAAUGAAGAAAAGAUUCGUAAUUGUUAUGCAGAAAUAUCUACACUUGAAAGUCUUAAGUUUAUAAAGAUGAUUCUAUAUGAUUCUAUCUUCAUCAUAGAGAUCUUCUUAAUAAACAUAUGUCGAGAUAAAAGAGAUAUAUUGCUUGAUAUAGUGCCAGUAAGGUCUACUUUACGGAGCGACUUGCAAUUAUUUGAAAAUCAACUUCCAUAUUUCAUCCUUGAGGAAAUAUACAACUUGACUUUCGAUGGCAUCCCUGUAGCUACCUUCAUGGAUCUUUCUGUUAAUUUCUUUCAGGAUUUUUUGGGUGUUGGAUUAAGUAGUUUAACCCUCAAGGUUAAACAUUUCACAGAUUGGAGAAGAAUUAGUCUACUCGGAAGCGACCUGUCAGUGUCAAAUAAAGGAGAGGUUAGUGAUUUACCUUGUGCAAUGAAACUACAUGAUUCAGGGAUAAAGUUUAGGGGUAUUCCUAUUGAAAAUGAACAAGGCUUACUUGGCAUAAGAUUUGUAAAGCGAAAGGGACUGAUCCCAUUUUUAAAAGUCCCUGAAUUGCAAAUACCACAACUAGUGGUAGAUGACGAGACUGAACGUCUACUCAGAAACGUUAUUGCUUUGGAGCAGUGUGUUUACCCAAAUAAUGCUCUGGUUAGCAAUUACGUUCACCUAAUGGAUUAUCUUAUCAAUACUGAAAAGGAUGUGGAUUUGCUAGUUGGAAAUAAAAUUAUUUCAAAUUUUAUGGGGGACAAUGUUUCAGUGGCAAAUAUGUUUAACAAACUUAAUCAAAAUGUAGAUAUAAGCGAAUCGCCGCACCAUAACACAUGCAAGCAGCUCAAAGAACACUACAAAAGUAAUUGGAACAAAGCCAGGGCAACUUUGAAAAGAGUAUAUUUCAACAAUCCAUGGACUGGCACAGCAACUAUCGCGGCAACAAUACUUUUGCUUCUUACUAUCGCACAAACCGUAUUUUCUAUGUUGCAAGUUCUGCAAUUUUAAGUGAUACUUAUAUUAGAUCUAGAAUCCACUUGUAUUACUGUAAUAUUCAGUUUCAAGCUCCUAGUUUUUAAUAAGAAUAUGUGUUUGUAUA